UCUGGACGAAGAUGUGCCUUACGUUGACUCGCUUACUCCAAUUGAGCAAAGAUGCCUGGAAAGCCGCUGUGUGUUGGUCGACCCAGGACGAAGAGAUUUGCUUUUCCGCAUGCACCAGUACUCCGAACCAAACGUAAGGAUCCUCUAUCGUUACACCUCCUGCCAGAAGGCGAAUGAAUUGAAGGCGAAAAAGUACAGAAGGAUCAGAGAGACAUUAGUCAGCAAUUCCCAAAUAUGAAGGCUGCGCAGGAAAAAUUAUCACAACAUCCCAUUUCAGUCAAUGACCUCGAGACGUAUUGUCACAAUCUACGGGAAACCGCAAGCGUAUCUCAGGAACUAUCGCAUUUCUAUGCGAACACGGCCUCAAAUCUAUCAGUAUACCCUCUUUUCCGAAAACUACGACUCUCAGCCUAUUUUAAUCAAUGCCGAGCAGAUUCUCGAUUGGCAAGAACCAUAAAUUUGUGCUUUGGAUGGGACCAGGCUUCAAUCAUGGGAAAUUGGUCGGCACCAAAUGUCAAGUUCCAUGAGCCGAUCAGAGGUGUAGGCAUGCGACGGAUGCUCAAAAAACAAGGUUUCGAGGUGUACUUGCUCGAUGAAUUCAAAACGUCCUCGUGCUGUCCUGACUGCGGCGAUCCGUUGGAAAAGUCCAGAAGGUGCCCAAUCCCAGGCCAUACCGACGACGAAGCAGCCAGAAGUAUUAUGCCAUGGUCUGUUAUGUUCUUAAUUUCCGCAAGAUCCUGUUUGGCCACCGAGAGAAUAACGAAAGGUCGUCACUUUUCAAGAGAAAGCGGGCCGAAACGGAAGCCUUGAGAAGCAAGAUUCCAAAUCAUUCAUGAUAACAUCCGGAUCAGUUAUCGCUGUUCCCACACCUAGAUGCCCUAGGGUAUUGGAUUAUAAGGCUCGUUUAACGACUUUGCGGAAAUUGCGAAAACCUGGAGGGUAUACACGGCUGUUCUGAAAGAGGAUAUGUCAUAAUGGUUUACCGACAUUAUCGUCCCUUAAUAAAACAAAAUUUGUCUGUGAGAGAAUUUGAACCGGUGGACAACGGGAGGAGAAUGAACACUUACACCCUUGUCUUUGGAUGAUCAGUGAUGAUUUAGGUUGAAACGCCUGAAUCACUUGUCAUUGGCUG